ACACACGCGCAGGGUUAGUGUGCGGCGGCGGCGGACAUGGACGGAGACGCGCUGUCCCUCGCCUCUGCUCCGUCUCUGUCGGCGUCAACGGCAGAAGAUCGCAUGGACGGAGCUGACAUGUCUGAGGAAGCGUGGUCACAGGGUUCAGCUCCUGAGGCUCCUGAGACUCCUGUGGCUCCUGUGGCUCCCGUGGCUCCUGAGGCUCACAGGCUGCUCUCCUCAGAGGAGCAGGUCACUCUUAUCACCGACAGCAUGACGGUCACCUCCACAGACCAGGAGAAACUGCAACUGCUCAACAAAAACACAGAGCUGCGACGCAUCAACAAAGAGUUGAUGAAGCUGAACGAGGAAUGGGACCAAGUGUAUCGCAGUAUGACCCUCAGUCUGCAACAGAGAGUGGAGGCUCUGGAGCUGGAGAACUCAGCCAUAAAAACAUACAACAGCAAACUACUGCUCAAAGCAGAGCACCAGCAGGGAGUAAAGGAUUACUAUGAACACGCUCUGAUGCUGGAGGUGAAGAGGAACCAGGAGUUACAGGAGCACAUCAGGCACAUGGAGAGCAGGCUGCCCCCCUCAGACCCCCCCUCAGAGCAGAGCGCCCCGUCUACACAGGGCAACUUUAUGACAGUGUCAUCAAGCACCGCUCCUCCCCGAGGCCCCAGACUGUCACCAACACUCAUCCCAGCUGCUCCCGGUCCACGGGCAGAGCUGGGGGGUCCACGGGCAGAGCUGGGGGGUCCACAGGCAGAGCUGGGGGGGCCCUGCUCCUCUGCACAGGGAGAGGAGCUACAGGAGGUGCAGGACCUGAAGGAGCAGCUGCAGGCGAUGCAGUGUCAGACCCAGAUUUAUGAAGCAGAAUUUCAAACGGAGCAUAACAGCCAUAAAAACACGCUGCAGGAGAACCGCAGGCUGAGGAAGAAGAGGGAGGAGCUGCGCCAGCAGGUGGCGCUACUGCAGGAGCAGCUCAGAGUUUAUGAAGACGACUUCAAACGAGAGAGAUCGGACAAACUGCUGCUGCAGAGGCUCCUGAAGAAGACGCAGCCCCCCCCCACAGACCCUGUGCUCACACACCGCUGUAGUAACGCCAGACGACCAGCAGAGGGCGACAAAAGGACACGCCACGAAGAGCAGCCACAGAAGAAUCACCACCCCCUGUGCCCCAAACACCAGCCCCGGCCUUAAACUGUCCCCCCUGUCCCCCAAACACCAGCCCCGGCCUUAAACUGUCCCCCAAACACCAGCCCCGGCCUUAACCUCCUGAGACCCGAGCUCUUGCAGGACUUCAUUUGCAAAAACUAUUAAGAGCUUGAACACAGACAUUUUGUGUAAAAAAAACCUAAAUCAAUUAAACUUUAUUUGUAUAGAGAAACAAUUGUGCCUCUAGGAACUAUGUGUCUCAUUUGUGCAGGAAGAUAUAAGCCUUU